AACACACCUGCAGAUAUUGGACGACAUGCACUUUCUGGGUUGUACAGAUAAUUGUCAUAAGACAAGAGCUCGUAUUGUAAGCAAGGGUUAUUUGAAUAUCAGCAACCAUGAAUUUGGUGGGAAUAAUUUUUGUACUAAUAGCAGUUGGUCGUUUUUCAGAGGCAAAAUAUGAAGGACAUCAAGUAUGGCGUAUAAUACCAGCGACCUAUCAACAUGUUGAAUGGCUCGGUGAACUUGAACGGACAAGGGGAGAAGAGUUUGACUUUUGGACUCCCGUUCUUAAAAGAGUAAACCACCCUGUCGAUAUAAUGGUACGACCCGAUCUCCAGAGCCUUCUGCGCACGCUCCUGCAGCACAGAGGGCUGGGCUUCCACGUCAUGAUAGAUGACGUAGGCAAACUUGUGUCCAGUCAGAUGUCAGAACUAUCAGAACGGCGGGAAAAUGGGCGAUUGAGUGGGACUGCACUGAGUGGCUUCGAUUAUAAUGUUUAUCAUACGUAUGAAGAGAUUAUGCAGUGGGUAGAUGACAUAGCUACUGAAUACAGUCAUAUUGUCGAAUCGUUCUUACUCGGGUAUUCAUCUGAAGGACGACCCAUUAAAGGAAUAAAGAUCCGGGGAACUGGGAGCCAUGAUGCAAAUCCUCGCGCUGUCUGGUUUGAAGGUGGUAUUCAUGCUCGUGAGUGGGUCUCACCGGCUACUGUUAUGGGAUUCACUCAGAAGCUUCUUGAUGAAUACGACAAUGGUGAUAACCUCGUGGUCGAAAUGUUCGACAACCUAGACUGGUACAUCAUCCCAUCUCUGAAUGUAGACGGCUAUAGCUACACAUGGUCAUCGGAUCGAAUGUGGCGUAAGACCCGCUCACUGAACGCCGAAUCACCAUGCAUUGGUACAGACCCAAAUAGAAACUGGCCGUACGAAUGGGGAGGUGUCGGGGCCAGCACUUGGGAAUGUUCAGAUACCUAUCGAGGCGCAAGACCCGUCUCCGAGAUCGAAGUUUCCAACGCCAUCGAUUUCAUGAGAAAGAAGAAAGCUGACGGGCAGGACUUCAUCGUGUUCAUUGACUUCCACAGCUACUCACAGGUGAUCAUCGCACCGUGGUCGUACCUAGACUCCGAUCCUCGCACCGAAGACUAUAAUGACCAGAUGGCGUUGGCUUUAGAGAUGCAGUCGGCCAUCAAAGAUACACAUGAUGUUGUAUACAAUUACGGGGCCGGGGCAGAAAUUUUGUAUGCCUGUUCUGGUGUGACCAGCGACUGGGGUUAUGGCACCUAUUCCCAACACGGGGGCAACACUGAUGGUGGACUGGGGGCCAAGUAUUCCUACACAGUAGAGUUGCGCGAUGAAGGCCAGCACGGAUUUCUUCUCCCUGAGGAUCAAAUACAACCAAGCUACGAAGAGAUGCACGCUGCCGUGCGCGCUCUCGGGGCCCAUGUCCUGAACGAGAUGAGUGCUACCGUUCAAUAAUCAACCUUGAUAAACACCUUUCACCUAAGAGCUUAUUAUCUAUAACAUCGCUAAUUUAAUGAUUUAUCAUUUAUUCAAAAGUCAAGCGGGCAAUGGUUACUUCAAAGUUUUACAGAUCUUUGUCUUGAUCUUAAUGAAUUAUCUGAUUAAUGAUUUUUGAGAUUGAACUCACGCGAUUCGUGAUAGAAAAAUACUGGAUACCUAUAAAAUAUUCAUAUAGGGUCCUAAACUACACUCUAAAAACAAAUCAGUCAAAUGACUGGUUAAUAGGGUCAGCUGGGAGCAACUGUUAUUCUAGUCAUAUUUGACUAUUUUCUAGUCACAUUUUACUAGAAUAGAGUUAUUUCUGACUAAAAUAUAUGUCAGAAAUGUGAUUAUCAGUGAUUGCCAUAUCAGUUGCUCCCAACUGACUACUGGUCUAGUCAAUUUGACUGAUCUGUUUUAAGAGUGUACUUUUAAUGAAUAAAAAUAUUAAUCAGACUUUCUGGGUUGGGAAUAUUCCCUUUCCACUCCAACAACGGAAAUAUCAUGAAGAAAAAAAAUCAAACUAUACAAGAAGGUUGGGGGUUUAAUUCCCGGUUUGUUACACUGUUUUUUGGUAAGACAUGGAUGGCAAGAAAUCAUUUUUGAAAUACUUAUAAACAUCUUAUUGACAGGUUAGCCAAAAUGGGGGUAAUAGGGUUGAUAUUGAAUCUUGUGAGGAAUUCGCAUAUGGCCCCUGUUAUUACUUUUUAAUUGUUGUGAAAUUACAGACAGGUAUUGCAGAAGGUACAAUUAACAAGGCACCCCCUCCUCGUAUCGUAUAUUAAUUUCGGGAAAUUAUCGAUAGUCAAUUUAUCGACAAUACCAUGGAGAUCAUAUACAUGAAACCAGAUGCCUAUAGGUGCAACAUCUUUGCUUAUAACCCCAUAAAUACGCGUGUAAAAAAACAAAUAUAAUGAUAAUUAAAUUAGGGGGACUCUUAUUAAUCUAAUGAAAACGUUUAGUGUCGAAAUCUCAUUAAUCACAUGAAACGGUGAAAUAACCCUAAUUCUGCCACUAUAAUUCGAAAAGUAAAGUGAUAUUUCUUCUCCAUUUUGGGCAAAGGAUGGACAGCGAUUGCCCUUCCUAGAAUCAGUGUUAGAUUGCUAAACAUAAUGCAUAUACUUUGUCAAUCAGCUUUAUCAAAUCUUUGAUAUGAGUUGCUUUCUGGUUGUAAUUAGGCAUGUGAGACCUAUAGAAAGCACAUUGCCGAUUAGGAUGGCGGUUCAUGGCAGUUUGUCACCGAAGAUAGAUGCGAUCAUACCCCCUUUAAAUUAUAAUAUAGUUAGAUCAAUUCACGUUUAGUGGGUUUCAUAGUUUCGCAAUUUCUUUUGAAUUGCGCUUGCUUGAAAGACAAGCCUACCCCCAACAAAAAUUGAUUUAAAUAAUAAGAGAAAAUCACAACAAGCAUAACACUGACAAUUUCAUCAAAAUCGGAUGUAAAUAAGAAAGUUAUUACAUUUUAAUGUUUUAAAGUCGCUUUAUUUCACAACACAUUUAUACGCACAUCCCGAUCGGUAUGCAAAUGACGUAAUCCACUCACAAUUUCUUUUGUAUUUUAUUAUAGAAAUGUUCCACUUUUCUCCUCAUUGUCAAGUAAAACAACGAUUAAUUCCUCCCUAAACAUGUGGAAUUCAGUCAAGUUGGUCUUUAUUGUCCAAUCUGCAAAAAAAAUGAAAUAUUGUAUAAUUCAAACAAUAAAAAAAGAAAUAGUGAGUGAGGAACAUCAUCGUCUGUCUCAUUUGCAUGUCACUGAGUUGUGCAUAUCACCAUGAUCACUGUUUUGUGAAAAAUAAGCGAAACUUUAAAAUGUCAUAACUAUCUUAUUUUACAUCCGAUUUUGAUGAAAUUGUCAGUGUUAUACUAGUUUGAUUUUUCUCUAUUUAUUCAAAUCAACAUUUUUCUGGGGAGGACUUGACCUUUAAUUAACAAAGCAGUACGCGCCUUCAACAAAUCGCCCUAAUUCUGUAAUUACUUGAAGGGCCCAGAUUGGGGAAAAACAACCGUGAACAGCAUUUAAACCGGCGAUGUCUGGUCGUCUCUUUUAAAGAGAGAUCAUGUGUGAGUCACGCUAAGACACAAUAAAUAAAGAAUUGAACUGUUAAACGGA